GAGACAAUCGCUGGCGUACCAGGUCUUGUAGCAGCCGCAUGCAGGCACCUACAGUCGCUGCGCGUCAUGCGCCGCGACAAAGGCUGGAUCCGAACGCUGCUUGAGGACGCAGAGAACGAGAGGAUGCACCUCCUCACCGCCAUGGAAUACGCCAAGCCGGGACGGUUGAUGCGCCUCGCUAUCCUCGGCGCGCAAGGCGUCUACUUCAAUGCAUUCUUCCUUUCUUAUCUUUUCUUCCCGCGCGUCAGCCAUAGACUCGUAGGUAUCCUCGAGGAGGAGGCCGUCUCGACAUAUUCGAACAUCAUCAGAGACGUCGAAGAGGGCCGCUUGCCAGAGUGGGAGGAUCUGCCAGCGCCAGCGAUCGCCAAAGAGUACUGGAAGAUGCCAGACUCUGCCAAGAUGCUCGAUGUGCUCUACGCCAUUCGCGCCGACGAGGCGACGCACCGCUUCAUCAACCACAGCCUCGGCUCUCUCGAUCAGCGCAACGACUAUAACCCCUUCGCCGUGCAGAUGCCGCCUGCCCAGUUGCGCGGCACAGUCUCCGGCCUAACGCCGUUGCAGGCGAAG